GGGUAUGGCGGUGAUCAGGAUGCUGGUAUGUGGUAUGGCGGUGAUCAGGAUACUGAUACGGGGUAUGGCGGUGAUCAGGAUACUGGUACAGGGUAUGGCGGUGAUCAGGAUGCUGGUACGGGGUUUGGCAGUGAUCAGGAUACUGAUACGGGGUAUGGCAGUAAUCAGGAUACUGAUACGGGGUAUGGCGGUGAUCAGGAUACUGGUACGGGGUAUGGUGGUGAUCAGGAUGCUGGUACAGGGUAUGGCAGUGAUCAGGAUGCUGGUACGGGGUAUGGUGGGGGGAUCAGGAUGUUGGUAUGGUGUAUGGCGGUGAUCAGGGCUGGUAUGGUAUAUGGGGGUGAUCAGGGCACUGGUAUGGUGUAUGGGGGUAAUCAGGGCGCUGGUAUGGUGUAUGGGGGUGAUCAGGGCGCUGGUAUGAUGUAUGGAGGUGAUCGGGGCGCUGGUAUGGUGUAUAGAGGUGAUCAGGAUGCUGGUAUGGGUGUAUGGAGGUGAUCAGGAUGCUGGUAUGGUGUAUGGAUGGUGUGAUCAGGACGCUGGUAUGGUGUAUGGCAAUGAUCAGGACGCUGGUAUGGUAUAUGGAGGCGAU